CCAGACUUACAUUAUAAUGUUUUAAGUAAACAUAUUUUCCGUUUUGUUCUAAUUUUUAGGGAAAGGUAUCAAUUUGAAGCCAAAUCCACUUGCCACUGCCUAAAUCCCAGCAUAUUUUAGAGGAAAUGAUCUGCCAUCUAGGCUGUACUCGCAUCCUUUCUUCCUAUUCCGUACGUCUCAGUCAACAGAAAGGCAUGUAGAAGCAAGAGCAGCAUUCGAAGAUGAAAGGAGGGACGGACAGAACGCUUUGGAUGGCAUUCGGAUGAGAGAAGCGAGAGGUAGACAGGGAAAGCGGGGGGGCGGAUAAAUGGAAAGAGACUGAGGAAGGUGUAGAGCAGUGAUUCCUCUCGUUAAUCUCCUGGAUGCAUGAAACAAACCUUGCAAUAAAGAACAAAAGGGUGAUGAAGGGAGAAGCAGGUGAAAGAGGUGGUAUGAAGAUGACAGCAGUAGAGAUGUUUCCAGGAAACCGGGGCUUCUCACGUGAACAAUUUGUGCAUGUUUAAUUGGAACUGAGCGAGAGAGAGAGAGCGCGCGCGCGCGCGCGCGCGAGAGAGAGAGAGAGAGAGCAAGGGAAGGGGGAGCAGGCAAGGGAGGGAGGGAGAGGAAAGCCAUGCUCACACACUGUGACAGUGCCAAAGCAAGCGGAGAACGGUAGAGAGAGAAAAGCAGAAGCCUUGAGAGCGCUGGAGGAGAGACUUGUAGUGACAGAAGGGUCAGAGGGAGCGGCACAGGGAGGAAUGAAAAAAAGAAUGAAGGGCUAGAAUAUAAAAAGAAACGGAAGGAUGAGAGAAAGGGAGAAAGACGUACAUGUGGCAGUGAAAUUUCCCAAGCUGGAUAGACACAUCUAAAGACAGGAAAGAAGAUAAGUGUGGAUUAACUAAUACUUGAUGUGUGUGUGAGGCAUCGUCACGGACAGAGAUUGUGUGAUGCCCUACUGGUGGAUUAUGAGAGAGUUGAAAGUAAGGACGAGUGUGUUGUAGCGUAAGGCUUGAGUGAGGGUGAACGUAAAGUGUAGGGGCAUCCAGGGUCAGCGUGAAGUGAGGUUCGGUGCGGUUCAUGCUUUCAUCACAUUCUCUCUCAUCAUGGGAUUUCAGAAGCUCUCCAUCAUAGUAGGACCACGCAGUCUCGUCUACUCUUUCUUUCUUUAACUUCAUCCUGUUGCUGCUCAACUCUGAAGAGAGAGAGAGAGAGAGAGAGAGAGAGAGAGAGAGAGAGAGAGAGAGAACGAGCCUCGUGGAUCCUGAGGAGGUCUGAGGAGCGUCGAGGCAGUACGUAGCGUUCGGUGAAUGCCUCCAGUAUCCAGCCAUGGGGGAAUGGACCAUCCUCGAACGCCUCCUAGAGGCUGCUGUUCAACAGCACUCUACUAUGAUUGGGAGGAUUCUACUGACGGUGGUUGUGAUCUUCCGGAUCCUCAUUGUAGCCAUUGUGGGUGAGACGGUGUAUGAGGACGAGCAGACAAUGUUCCUAUGUAACACACUCCAACCCGGCUGCAACCAGGCCUGCUACGACAAGGCCUUCCCCAUCUCACACAUCCGCUACUGGGUCUUUCAGAUCAUCCUGGUGUGCACGCCAAGUCUGUGCUUCAUUACCUAUUCCGUGCACCAGUCGGCUAAACAGCGUGAUCGCCGCUAUUCCUUCCUCUAUCCAAUGCUGGAAAAGGACUACAGCCGAGAAGGCACCCGCAAGGUUCGCAGCGUCAACGGUAUCCUGGUGCAGCACCCAGACAGCAGUGGUGGCAAAGAUGAGCCUGACUGCCUAGAGGUUAAAGAGAUCCCUAAUGUAGCACGUGGCCUCACCCACAGCAAGAGCUCCAAAGUGCGUCGGCAAGAAGGUAUUUCUCGUUUCUACGUCAUCCAGGUCGUGUUCCGUAAUGCCUUGGAGAUCGGCUUCCUGGCAGGCCAGUACUUCUUGUAUGGCUUCAGCGUACCAGCCAUCUUUGAGUGUGAUCGCUAUCCAUGCCUAAAAGAAGUGGAGUGCUACGUGUCGCGCCCCACCGAGAAGACAGUCUUCCUGGUGUUUAUGUUUGCCGUGAGCGGCAUCUGUGUGGUGCUCAACCUGGCCGAGCUCAACCACCUGGGCUGGAGGAAGAUCAAGACGGCCAUCCGGGGUGUCCAGGCACGCCGCAAGUCUAUCUGUGAGAUCCGCAAGAAGGACAUGGCGCACCUGUCACAGCCUCCAAACCUGGGCAGGACCCAGUCCAGCGAGUCGGCUUACGUUUGAUCUUCUAUUACCAUCUUUUAAAUGGAGUCAAGGGGUUGAAUGUUGAUAGUAAGGGAUAGGGAGUAGCCUUACCAAACCACCCCCCCAUUUCCACCAACCACUCCAUUCCCAUGUGUUAGAUAGUGUUGUGAUGUUGCAUGAGAGGGAUGAUGGGGAGAGUGCAAGAGGGAGAGUAAACAUAUAUUCUGAGAUUCUUGUUUCUGGAGAGUCUCAAGGAUAAUACGAGGGCUGGGAGAGGACAAAAGAGCGGAAGAGCCGUCAGGAAAAGGUGACGGACUUGCAACAUGCUACAGGAACAACAAUGUCUUGGAUCACCUUACGACUACUCCUCUUACUUUCUGGCGAAAAGAAAAAAAAAAUUGCACAAGAUAGCAGGAGAGUGUCAUUCCUGCUAUGGAUCAUAGUCAUGGAAGAAAAUGACUGUUUAUGCUCGGGUUUUGUCAGUGAGUCAUGCUGAAGUCAAGCUGAAGAAAACAAUGUUCGGGGAUCUAAACAGAUAUUUAACAGAUAUUUGUUUCUUCGUUCCUUUUCUUCUCUCCCAGUCUACUUCCUGAUGGCACCUUUAUUUCACAGUGCCCUGCCCCAAGAUGUCCUCUGUCUCUGUUUUGGUCUAUCGUAUCAUAAAGAAGAGAAGGAGAAGAAAAAAGUGCACAAGGAAAUGAGUAAAAAAAUGGUUCUAUCAUUAUACUUUGUGAUA